AUGGCUCGACUAAAGGCUUUCGAUAGCUUCCAUCGGUCGUCGCAACCAAAUAUCACCCAGGCACCGGAUACAUCAUGGGAGCCGAUUGGACCGGGGAAAGCCCACCUCCUUCAAGAGCUUGAAGCGCUCUAUUGGACUGGAGUCGAGAAUGAACUGGAGAAUAUCAUCCGUACACUAAAGAUUUGGCAACAGCCAGAGUACGCGCAUAUUAGUAUCAGCGAUGAGAAUGAUACCAAAAUCCAUGGCUUUGAUACGUUCCUGGACCAGGUUUGUCAGGAGGCGAGAGCGUUCGCUAUUCGCUAUGGGGAGACAAAGCUACAAGAGAUGGCCAACCAGAAACCAGCACAGGCGAUAUUGUCGCGUAACCUUUCGUAUAAGGAGGCGCUGAAGAGAGUCAUCCUUGAUACUCGCGCGGAGUAUUUUAGUAAAAAGAUUAAAGAGGAAGUUCGAGAACAACUUAACACCAUUCCAAGACUGUCUGGUGUCGAAUUGCGAGCAUGGAUGUUGCUCCAGAAUGCUGGUUUCCUUGACAUCGACAAGCUGAUUGAGCAUCGGCCGCCGCUGGAUAAGUUAAGUUUUUGGAAACGACCAGCGAUCCCACAGCUUAAGCUCUCCAACUUCGAUGACCAAUGGGUCCCUCAGUUUGCCCCAAUGCAAUGUGCCGAAUGCAGGGCCAUCAUUCGUGGAAGCAUGUUCACCAAACAGGAACAAUCUGAAGCAGCACAAAAAGCCUCUCACACCAUAUGCGAGGACUGUUAUCGGUCUUACUAUUAUGGAGAUGAGUCAAUAUCCAAGAGAUACAAACAUUGUGUACUAUCUGAUUCUAUCCAGCCUAGCAUGAGCAGGAAGAUGUGCGAAUGCAAGGAUGUAUCUCACUAUGAUCCACAGGGGUGUCCACGCAGCCUGUUCCCACUGAAUGAGGAAGAUAGACACGUUUCCUACGUAUCUACCCACCGGUGCACGAUACUGAAACUCUCUGAAUUGGUUACAUAUGCAAAGUACCAGGGGCUUCUGCGCACCGCGAAGGUGAAACGGAAGAGGGGAAGGCGAUUGUCUGAUGCCUCGUGGAUCUCGAGAAUAAUUGACCGAUCUCGGGGCAGGCCGAAUACUCAACGUACAGAACCACCGCGUGGACGAGCUUACAAUCUAACGCCGCAAACAUAUGAGAAAAAAAAGCAACCAGCCUUUCGUUCCGUGACGGAAAAUACCCGCCAGGGAGACCACCGUCAUCCUGUAUCGAGUACCACGAGCGCAGCGAUGGAGUCAGAGGCGGAUGAAGAUAUCCCGCUUUUCUUUCGUCAGUUCACUGAGAAGUACCCUUUUGGAAACGUACAUAUGGCUUUGCGUGUAGGUCCAUUGGUUAUCGAGAACGGCGUUUCCCACACAAAAGCAGGUGCUCUUAUCACCGUGAGGGAAUCACCCGUAUUUCACGAGCGCUUUGUACGUGGGACACAUCAACGCAGCCUAGCAGUCGGAGGAGACCCAGAAAGACAUUUAUGGCAACAACAACGACAGCUAGGCCAGCCAAAGAGAUACAAAGCUUUAAUGAAACAGAUUGUCGGGGCUCCCUUUACAGGUGUUCUUUCCCAGAAACCGGAGAGCGAACAAGAGAAUGAGAUCAUAGAACUCCUCGUGGCAGCCAGUAAGCAGCCGUUUGAUAAUCCUGGCUUGCCCAUAAUGGAACAGCAAAAGAUUCUCGAUGUCACAAUAAGCUCUGUCCUGGAAAAGCUAAAGGAUCUGCUCAACUCAAGAGUCAAGGUAUACCUUACCAGCAUUGCCCGGCGUCUUCUCGAUACCGAAAAUAUACUCACAUGGAGUGCGACAAGCAACAAUUGCCAGAAUUUCUGCAACUCUUUGAUCGACACAGACCUCUUCGAGCCACUGGCAAAUGGCCCGCAUAUGCAAUCAAGCGAGGUAUCUUCUCCGCUCUAUCUGAUGAGCUUCGUCUGCCCGCCCGAGGGUUACCUGAACAACAAGAUCAUCAGUAAAUUCGACGUCCCCAUUGGAUUAACCGAGGAAUACCUUCUUCGGUUCCACUAUGGCCGCCAUGACGAGGCAGACUUAAUUGACACCCUUCAGGAAUACUGGUACGACUGGGGAGCGUUCGACUCUACAUUAUAUAACUACCAGGACCUCUUUCCAUGGGAUUGUACCGAAGCAUACAGGAGAUAUCCGACUAAAUGUGGAGAUUGCAACCUAUCGAAACACGUCUGGGCCUUUCCUUUCGAUUCAUGGUCUAUUAUCGGGCUUCACCUCUACCGUGAUAAACACAUGUAUCAACCUAAACAGAAUGCAGAUACCAAAACCACUAAUCCCUGGUUACGAGACCGUCUUACCAUUCUCACAGCAUCGUCUAUCCUCGCCCGUGCCGCAACGGCAAUGGCUAAAUCGCCCACAUUUUGCAAAGCAACAGCCUGGCUCCACUCUAAAGAAAAGGGACUACGCCGCAUCGACCCUUCUCUCGCCCGGGUCAAACUAGGAGGUAUCCACCGUGCACAACCAUUCAGCCACUACUUCGAGGCAGGGACCUACAGUCACUACUUCUUAGCCGAAUGGGCUUUGAAAAAGCGUGAGAAUAAGAUAACCGACUACGAGACCCUUCGAGAUGGCCGUGCAAAACGACAGGAUAUCCGUAUAGGCACGGGCAGAUUCACAGAAACCGGCAGGAAUCCUAUGGACUUCAAUCAAUCAUUCGAUUGGUUCCGAGGACUUGACCAUAGUGCACCCGAUUAUGCAGAUUGCAGUAAUCAGGGACAGAUAGAAACUGACGCCCAAUUUGAGGCGCAGGCUAAUGCUAGUAUUGCAGCUACUCUUAUCGCUGAUUCGCAGCUGGGCUGUAUACAGAAUGCUGAGCAUGUGGCAGCGGCGGCGGCUGCUGCUGCUGUGAAUUGUGGGUCGGGUUGUGGCACUUCGACGGCGCCAUCCUAUGUUUGUGGAUCCACUUCUUCUUCUUCUGGAGGAGGAAGUGGUGGUGGAUCUAGUAGUUGUGGUGGGGGUGGAGGAGGGGGCAGUAGCUGUGGUGGGGGAGGUAGCAGCUGCGGAGGGGGUGGAGGGAGUAGUUUUUGA